GGAAAUAAAUAAUUAUAAACAAAGAAGAAGCUAAAGAAGAAAUAAUUAAACAGAUCGAUCGAGAUGGAGAUGAAGAAUUAUUUUCACAUGAAUGAUGGUAAUGGAGAGCUUAGUUAUUCUCAAAAUUCUUCUGUUCAGGCGCGAGUGUGGCUAAUGAACCAAAGUUUACUAGAAAACGCGAUUCAAUCGCUAAUAACCUCGAAGGAUAGUGGUCUAAACAUUGCCGAUUUAGGAUGUGGAGUGGGAAACGUUCCUUUAGGUCUAGUAUCAUUUUUGGUAGAAAUUAUGCAAAAGAAGUCUAAGGAAUUAUUGAAGCUUGAUAAUAAUGAUGAUCAAGUGCCUCAACUUCAGAUUUAUAUGAAUGAUCUUCCUUCAAAUGAUUUCAACUCAUUGUUUAAAGAAAUGAUGAAUUUGGAUGUACUAAAAAAGAAAGAUGAUGAUGGUGUGCCAUUGUGUUUCUUGAUGGGUGCUCCUGGUUCGUACUAUGAUAGGCUUUUUCCUAACAAAAGUUUGCAUCUUGUUCAUGCAAAUUAUUCCCUCCACUGGCUAUCUAAGGUUCCACCAAGAAUUUAUGAUGAUCAAAGAAUGUCAAUAAACAAAGGGAACAUUUAUAUAUCUGAAACAAGUCCAGCUAAAGUUGGAAGAAUUUACAGGGAUCAAUUUGAACAAGACUUCACCUUGUUCCUCAAAAGUCGUUCUAAAGAAGUGAUAGCAAAUGGUUGUAUGCUAUUGACACUUCGAGGUCGACCAUCUUCAACAAAUCCAUUAACAUGGACUACAUUCGAGUUCAAGAUCUUCACAAAGACCCUUGCUAGUCUUGUUUCUGAGGGAUUGAUCAAGGAAGAGAAGCUAGACACUUUCGAUUUCCCAUGCUAUUGCGCUACCAAAGAGCAACUCGAAAGCAUUGCGAAAAAGGAAGGGUCAUUCGAAGUUGAAACAUCAAAAACAAUGGUAGUCGAUGUAGCUCCUGAAAUCGAGGAUAAAUGGGAAAGAGCUCAAGUUAUAACGAAGAUCAUUCGAGCAUUCUCAGAAUCAUUGGUUUCCAGUCAUUUUGGAGAAGAUAUAAGCACCCUUUUGUACGAUAAACUCGUACAUUUUGCAAACCAACAUUUGGUUGAUGAUCAACUUGCUCAAAAUCAUGCUGUUACCGUUUUACUUAGAAAAAAGUAAGCAUGAAUUCACCAUUGUUAAAUUAAAAUCACCUUUGAUUUAGUAUGUGUAACGUGACAAAUGUGGCAGGAAAUUAAAUUUCAUGGACACUAAUGUUAAAUUUAUCAAAUGUAAUGUUCUCAUUAAUUGCUUGA